CUGAUCCCUCUGUUUUUGAUCAUUGGAUCUGGAGGCAUUGGUGCAGGCCUAUAUCUCAUGCGUUUGGCAGUGGCCAACCCUGAUGUCUGCUGGGACAAGAAAAAUAAUCCAGAACCUUGGAACAAACUGGGUCCCAGUGACCAAUACAAGUUCUACUCUGUUAAUGUAGACUACAGUAGACUGAAAAAGGACCGUCCUGACUUCUGAACAACACACUCAUCUCCAUAAUGCGCACAGAAAGGUCUUCCGGAAGCCAUCCGCACAAUUGUCAUGCUUAAUCAUCCAGGAAAUAAUCAAACUUGCCUCAUGCUGCACUUGGUCAUGUGUUUGAAAGUGUUUUGAUGAGGCUUAAUAAAUGCCUGAAACUUUUAAGUGUCUGCUCUUUAAUUUUGCAAAAUGAGAAUAUCGU